AUUUGCCUUUUACUAGACGUCCCGAUGGCCCGGCCGUUGAUUCAGCUCUCCUUGGAUUAGCUAAUCUUCCGCCAGCCAAUGGCGAGCUGUGGGGCUUGAUCCCAUCAACGUCACAAUUUCUCAGUGUGUAGAUUUCCAUAUCCACCGACUCGUUUGUGCACUUUAAUCACAAUCCGAUUUGCACGCGCAUCGACAAUGAAGCUCAAUCCCGUUUUGACUGCGGCUCGCCCGAUUGCCCAGCUGGCCCAUGCAUCUGUGCCUCGAACAUGCGCCGCGGCGCGAAGCUACGCCACGACGAACCAAUCCAGCAGCAACACCAGCAGCUCGACAUCACCAGAAUCAAGACGCCGAAGCGUAACGCCAUUCAACGAUGACGGUUAUGUUCCGUGGACAGAUUUAUCUGCCGGCGAGAAGGCAGCGCGAGCCACACAGCAGAGCUUCAACUUUGGCAUGGUCGCUGUUGGUCUCGUGCUCACUGGCGGAGUAGGAUACUUUCUCUGGACCGACGUGUUUUCUCCCGAUAGCCGAACUGCCCACUUCAACCGCGCAAUCGACAAGAUCAAAAAGGACCCUCGCUGCGCCGAGCUAUUUGGCGACUCGCGAAAGAUUAUUGCCCAUGGAGACGAGACAGCAAACAAGUGGCGACGAGCACGCCCUCUGGCUGCUUCAGAGAAGACCGAUCAAUAUGGAACACAGCAUUUGAUUAUGCACUUCCACGUCGACGGCCCGUUGAACAAUGGCACGGCUCAACUACACAUGGUUAAACCCAAGGGCCACUCCGAUUACGAAUACAAAUACCUGUUUGUGGACGUCAAGGGGCAUGAUAGAAUCUACCUCGAAAAUGCUGAAGCUGGCGGUGCUGGCAAGAAGAAGCUGAGUUUCUUUGGGGUCAAUUGGGGUUAGCAUGCCUUCUCUCGGCUUUGUCACAUCGCCCGGUGCUGGCCUUGCGGUGCAAGCUUUCUGGAUGAAAUAUCCAAUUGUACAAUAUGUAACUUAUUAUAACAAGAUGACAUGGGAUAGGAGCUAGGAAUUGGCAUGGAGCAUGAUCCUGGCCACCUUUUUGGGUGGCAGCUUACGCAGUAGCAUACUUGGCGACUAGCAUAGUCUUUUUUUCAAAUGGUCAACAUAGGUUCAAACAAAUGAUGCAUUUUAGCCUUGAGCAAUAGCCUGAAUUAGGUGAUGUCAGGUCAAGUUGGCGAAGUCAUACGAUUCUCCAUUCGAGGCUACGCGGGCAAAGCUCUAGUAUGUACAUGGGUGACUUAAAUUAGCCAUUGUCAUAUAUCGG